AUGGAGAAAAAAGAUGAUAUGGAAGGUUCUCAAUUUCCGUUCAUGGACAUGGAGGAAACCACCUCUGAAAACCCCAUGGUGAGAAUAGAUAAUGAAGGUUUGUACUGGUCUUUCAUGGAGAAAACCACCUAUGAAAACCACCUGUUUUUUCCUCCAUAUUCUACCCCUAGUUUCCAUCAAAGCCCUACUCAUGGUCUGUUCCAAAACCCUACUGGUUAUUCUUCCCAAAGAUCAUAUCCCUUAACUCCAAACCUUCCAUUACCUUCCCAACAAAGCUUUGAAAGCCUUGAAGAUUCUUUUAGACGAAUGACUCUUAUUGAUCACAAUAGCUCUCGUUUACAAAGCAUGAGGGUUGAAUCUGCUGUGAGAGGGCAAAUGGGAUUAGGGUUUCCCAAUGAGGGGUUUGGAAGCUAUGAUUUUCUAGGAGCAUCUAUGGUUCGACCACCGUCGCAGCCGCAACCGAGUUUUCCUGGCUUCGACGUGUAUCGACAGAGGAGCCGAUCUUUCAAUGAAUUGCCUUACACUAACCCGCGUUGGCCGAUGAAUACCCACUGGGGAACCAACAACUCUAUAUGGGGUUCUAGUGGCUCGCAACCCGAAAACCCUAAAUCUAAUUUAUUCCCUCCAAUGUACAACAAUCGUCGCCAAGAAUGGUUCACGUGUUCAUCAUUGAAGGAACUAAAAGGUCGGAUCUCCGCCGUCGCCAAAGACCAAAAGGGCUGUCGUUUCUUGCAAAAGAAAUUCGACGACAAAAUCAUCAAACGUGAAGAAAUCGACAUGGUUAUAUCCGAAGUUAAAGAUCAACUUCACGAGUUAAUGGUACACCAGGUCGCUAAUUAUCUCAUCCAAAAACUCUUCGAAGUGAUCAAUCAACAACAAACGACCGAACUACUCCUCGUACUCGUCACUAGAAAACAAAGAUUCAUGGAAGUUUGCACUGAUCCACUCGGGACUCGGGCGGUUCAAAAGCUUAUGCUGCGGAUGAAAUCUCAAGAACAAAUAUCGAUACUUUUGUCGGUUUUGAAACCUAUUGCUGUUACAUUGACGAACAACAUCCAUGGUCAUCAUAUAAUUGAACAGUGCAUUUCUACUUUCUCCAAUGAAGAUACCAAGCAUAUUGCGGAUGAAAUAGCAAAUAAUUGUAUGGACAUUGCGACUGAUAAAAGUGGGUGUUGUGUGUUGAAUCAAUGCUUGAGCCAUGUCCAAACAGAAGCUAGGGAUCGUAUGCUCGCUGAAAUUAUAUCAAAUGCCUUUAUUCUUUCCGAGCAUUGCUAUGGGAAUUAUGUUGUGCAAUUUGUACUUGGAAUGAGACUUCGUCAUGUUACCUCAAACCUAAUCAUGCAGCUUCGAGGGACUUACGUUUCCCUUUCAAUGAACAAAUAUGGCAGCAAUGUUGUGGAGAAAUGCAUGAAAUGUUCAAGUGAACAUGCAUCAAUUAUUAUCAAAGAAAUCAUGUUCGACAUUGAUUUCUUGAAGGUCCUUCAGGAUGCUUAUGGAAAUUAUGUUAUUCAAUCUGCGUUGCAUGUUUCCAAGGGAGAUCUGUACGACAAACUUGUGAGAUUCAUAUUGAGACAUUAUUCAGUUCUACACAGUCAUUUGUUUGGGAAAAUGGUGUUGGACCGUGUCAAAUGUAGCAAGACUAAUCGUGUAUGA